GGUUCAUGAACAUCGUCGUCAUCGACCAAUGGAGGAGUCAAGAUCCGCAUCAAACACACCGCAAUCUGUAUAUUAUUCUCCACGCUCUUCAACUGCAUCAACAAGAACGGUAGCCACACCUCCCACACCACCACCUCUUCCAACCCCUUCCAAAAUCUCCCUCGUACAACCCUCCCAGAAGAAGAAACACAAAACAAAAUUCAUCCGCGCCGUCCGCUCUGUCUUCCGCUCUUUUCCCAUUAUUGCCCCUUCAUGCAAGUUCCCAACCCCCGGCGGAGACGGUCCUCACAGGGCCGUCAACCUAAGCGGCACCAAAGUUUGCGGCACCUUGUUCGGUUACCGCAAAGGACGCGUGAGCCUUUCCAUUCAAGAGAAUCCGAGGUGCCUCCCUUCGUUCGUGGUUGAGUUAUCUAUGCAGACCGGUGUUCUUCAGAGGGAGAUGGCGGCUGGGAUGGUUAGGAUCGCCCUCGAAUGCGAGAGGCGGCCGGAGAAGGACAAGAUAACGAUAAUGGAGGAACCGUUGUGGACCAUGUUUUGUAACGGCAAGAAAGUUGGUUAUGCGGUGAAGAGGGAAGCCACAGAGGAGGAUCUUCACGUGAUGGAGCUUCUCAAGGCUGUAUCCAUGGGUGCUGGUGUUUUGUUAGGGAGAUCUGACGUGGACGGUGGAGAUGGAGAGUUCUCUUACAUGCGUGCACAUUUCGAACACGUUGUGGGCUCCAAAGAUUCUGAGACUUUGUAUAUGCUGAGCCCUGAUGGUGUGAAUAACUGUGGGCCUGAGCUAACUAUAUUUUUUGUCAGGAUCUAA